AUGUUUACAGCCAAGGAGUCUCAAAAGAUAACCUAUUUGGAUCAGAUGGCACUUUUACAAAAUGAUCGAAAUUAUAAUGUGUCAUUUUUUCCUCCGUCAAAGCUUAUUGCCAAUGGUACUGCCACAUUUCUAGGGCAGUCUGCUUCAAAUGAUUUGCCUGGUUCGAACACAAGCCAAGAAAAUGCAGCUUACUUGUCUUCAAAACUGAUGCCUCAGAUCGGGAAUAUCUUGUAUCGAACUGAAAAUCCGUUAGUUCACAGCAAGCCGACUGAUGAUGAUACUCUGUGUGCCCCACAGAAAAGGUUUCUCAUUUUCGAUCAAACAGGAAAUCAAACAAAAUUUUUCUUCACCCCUUCAUUUUCCCCCCAAAAUCAGAGCACUCCAGCAAGUGCUAAGGGCCCGUUUGACGAAAUGGCAGCUGGGGUGAACACCGAAUACUUGGCAAACCCAAUAUUCGAGGAAAAAUGGGAUGAAAAUCAUUUGACUGAUGGAGAAGGCGAGAAUGAUGUGCCUGAAGAUACUGAUGAAAUCGAUGCCUUGUUUUAUUCUGAUAGUGACGAUGAUGAAUAUGAUGAUAAUGAUGAUGAUGAAGUGGCUAGCACGGACCACACGCCAUUCACAACUGAAGAGGGGUAUAAUAACAAAGACAAAUUACUCGAGGAGCAAACUGAACAUGCGGUGGAUUCUAAUGGCCCGCAGAAAAGACAAAAACUGCUCGACGGCACGUUGAAUAAAUCACCGGCUAUUUAUGGAAAUCCCUAUGUCGAUGAUGAAAUCGAUUCGGUUAAGAGAGAAAAGAAGGUUAAAAUCCGUCAAGCAAUGGGAAUCUUGGAGAGUAUUAUCCCGGGCAUAGAUGGCCGGGACCCACUUUCCGUUAUCGACAACGCGAUUGCUUACUUGAAAUCGAUGAAAACCGAAGCCGAAGCCCUUGGACUCAGCUACUCCAGGGACGAAUCCCUCAUUUUCCCCUAA